AUGUACCGACCUGGUUACUGGUCCGACGACCCUAUGGACGGCGUCUUAGGCUCUGGUCUGGCCCGCGGCGGUGGUGCUGCACGCCGCUUCGAUGAAUAUUACCGCUGCUAUCCUGUCGCCAUGCUGCCUGGUCCCGAGAGGGAGAAUGUCAACCAUGGUGGCAAGGUCAUUAUGCCUCCAAGUGCAUUGGACAAGCUUACCCGACUUCACAUUACUUAUCCGAUGAUGUUCGAGCUCCACAAUGGCGCAAAGGGAAGGAAUACACAUGCGGGUGUCUUGGAGUUCAUUGCCGAGGAAGGAAAGAUUUAUCUACCAUUUUGGCUGAUGCAAACAUUAUUGCUCGAGCCCGGUGACCUCCUCCAGAUUAAAUCGACGGACCUCCCUCCCGGCCAGUUUAUCAAGCUUCAAGCACAGUCAACCUCCUUCCUCGAUAUUAGCGACCCCAAGGCCGUUCUUGAAAAUGCGUUUCGGAACUUCUCGUGCCUCAGCAAAGGCGAUGUUUUCACAUUCGGAUACAAUGAUCAAGUCUAUGAGAUGGCGGUGCUGGAAACCAAACCAUCUGGUUCCAAAAAUGCAGUUUCGGUGCUAGAAACUGAUCUGGAGGUUGACUUCGCUACUCCCGUCGGGUACGAAGAGCCACAACGCACAAGCGGCACCAGCACGCCUGGCAGCGCUGUCGGGGGUGGUAAACUUCCAGCCGGUGGAUUAUUGCACCCCCAUGGUAGCAUGGCGCAAUCAAUUAACUACCCGGCCAUCGCGCCCGAGGCUACCGAUGCCGCGGCGGGUGCCCGCGCUGCCUCCUCCAACUUCUUGACCGGUGGACAACGUCUAAAUGCGAAGAAAGGCAGCAAGGCCCCGACUCCAAACCCCUCCACGCCCACUCCUGGUGCAUCGGGCUCCCAAAACCCUCCCGCUCGCAGGGUCAAUGGCCCGCAACCCCUCCGACUUCCACCUAAUCAGCUCUUCUUCGGAUAUACCAUCAAACCAGCUAAGCCUAGAGAUGAAAACGGCCAGGUCAUUCCAGAUGAUCAGCCCAAGUUCCAAGGAAUUGGCCAGACGUUACGAGGAAAGAGAAAGGACCUUGCUGACUCCGCCACCGCCUCUGGUAGCGAAGCUGAGAGUCAGAAGGGCAAGGAAAGUGCCAAGAAAUCUGACGGCGGACGGACCCUGGGGAAACGCUAA